UUCAUGAGCCAAAGCAACAUCAGAGAAAGCUUAGAGCAGGCAAGCAGAGGCAAGAGGUGAGGGAGGACAGAUCAAUUUUGUUCUCUCUGAGGGUGAGACAUAAAAGGAGCCAAUAUUUACAGAGAAAUUAAUAUUGACUUUGAAUAUUGGAUUGAAUUGCGGCUUGUGUUAUUUUUAUGUAUCCUUUGCUUCUGGAUGGUUGGCUGAGCUGUAGCAGAAUAUCUGACUUGUGUUUAAAUCCAAGCGCCCCUUUAUCACCUCUGUGACCUUUGGCCCUAGCUCUGGUGGAGUACAGGUGGGAUGGCAGAGGCCUGUGUGGCUUCAAACCCUCAGGUGUUUGUGGUGGACAGCCAAGCCAGCUACAUCUCAGUGCCCAUGGGGAAGAAACAGAGGUGGGAGAGAUCGGGCCAAAAUUUGCUGCUCUUGCUGGUGGGACUCCUCAUGUUUGGACUUGUCGUGCAGGGUUGUUUAAUCUACAAUCUCUACAAAAAAACAGAGGCAUUUUCCCACCACAUGUCUCAUCCUUUCAGCCAGAACCUGUCAGGUCCCAUUUUAUCGAGCCUAAAGGGAGGCAUCACACUGAGUCAGGUUGGACAUAAAGGAUCCAACGACACUUCAAAAGUGGGAGCACCUGCACAGGAGGUCCAGCAGAGACCCUUUGCUCACCUGAUGGGAGCCAACUCAAUUUUAGAUGAGGACAAUGUGGUACAGUGGAUAAACGAUGGUGGGGAAACAGUCACCCGCAACAUGAGCUACAGAGACGGGCGGUUGCUGGUGGAGAAGGAAGGCUACUACUACCUCUACUCCAAAGUGACUUUAGAUGCUGAAGACUGCUCUUUUUUCCAGCAUGAGGUCUUCAAAGACACCAAAGCGUAUGGCAAACCUAUACAACUUAUGAAAUCAAAAAGAAUUCACUGCUGGACUCCCAGAUCUUCAGAUGAGACUUCUCUAGAUGAGACUCCUCCACAUGGGGAGGAAUUAUGGAACAGUUUCCUGGCGGGGAUCUUUCACCUGGAGGAAGGAGAUAAAGUUUUUGUCAGACUUGACAGUAAAGAGAAGAAGCUUCAAGCAACUGCUGACAACCUGCUGGGGGCCUUUAUGAUAUCGACUUAAGAGGAACACCUCAGUCCUACAAUGUGAUUGGAUUCUAUUUACAGAAUAUGCUUUGAUUAUGAUUAUGCAUCCCUUGUAUUAAUAUAUAUAUAUAUAUAUAUAUAAAUAUAUAAUCUAAAUUAUUCUGUUGUCAAUGAAUGUAUUUGAAUCACAUUUGACACAGCAACAAGUAGCUGUAGUGUGAUAAGUAUCUGAUAUUCAGGUUAUUGUUCUUUUUUAUAAUAUGCUGCAUAGUUUGAAGUUUGAAUAAAGUUUGUUUUUUAUCACAAACAUGAGAGCAGAUUGCUUAUUUGGUAGACAAACUGUGCAAACGCUCAGCCAGCUUUAGACAAACCACAGACAUGCAGCACACACAUAACAGAUGCAGAUUUAAAGUUUUGAAACAAACAUCUGCAAGACCGUGUUAUCUCUGUGUGUGUGCGUGCAGGAUGUGGUAGUGUGAAGAUACACUGAAGAGAGGAUGGAGCAGAAGAGGUGCUGAGGUUGGUAGGGCUGACUCAGCUCUUCUCUCAGCACAGGGGAAAGUUUCACAGACAUCGCUGCAGUGACAAAUGGAAAAAAAGACAUGCUGAAGCACAAAGUUACCAAGUACAGAGUGGUUAGGAAACAGGGAGUUUAGCAUCUGACAACAGAGCACUGUCAUGGUAUUUGUGUGAAAGGUCAUUUAAAAAAUUUUGACCGCACAGGAAGCCAUGUAGACUGGUAGACAGACAGGUAACCACCCUGAGA